AUGUUUUCGGGGAUAACAAAUCAAAUGAGUCAAGUUAGCAGCUGGAUCGGCGUCAAAAAGGGGGAUGUCGAUCCAUCCAAAUCGUCUACAGAGGAAAAAGCUAGUUCCCCAAAUGUUGAAAACCAGGAUGCCCCUGCAGAAGGCACGAGUCCUACUGCGAGUAAAGGAAGCAAAUUUGAAGUAUUAUCGAGUGUUAAAGGUCAGAUGACAAGUUGGAUUGGUAGUGUUCAAGUACCGAGUGUACCUAAUUUGUUUACCAAAGGAAGCAACACUACUUCAUCAUCUGAAACACAAAAUGUUGAAGGUGGUAGUGGAGAUGGUAAAGCUGAUUCUCCAACAUCUGGAGAAUCUGUUAAAGGAUCUCCUGAGCAACAAAAAGAUGAAGAUGACAAUUCCAGGUAA